GCAUAAACCGAACGUUGACAGCGGGAAAUCUACAAAACAAUUUAAUAAACAUUAGGUGAUCUUCGUUCUGCCGGUAAAAUUAGUUGUUCAUUUCGACAAAAUUUUCUUCAUUCCAAUGACAACAACUGUUGUGUGUUCAAAUUAUUUCUAAUGACGGAUGCAACGGAACAAACAAUUGCCCUCGAGCAAUCCGAACAGUCCAGCGCUCGACCACAGUUCGGCAAUCGGUUCCUUUCCGCCGACGAUGAUGUCUUCCAGCACAACGCUUGGGACAAUGUGGAAUGGAACGAGGAGCAGGAACAUGCCGCCCUAGAAGGAGUGAAGAAAAACUCAUCUGUAAAGAUGUCCGAAGAGCAAGUGGCCCGUUUGGAGACGGAAGCUGAUCAAAACUGGGAUCGAUUUUACGGCAUACAUCAGAACCGUUUCUUCAAGGAUAGACACUGGUUGUUUACGGAGUUUCCUGAAUUGGCACCUUUUAAACGUACCGCCAACGUUCCCGAACGUGUGCUACCCGAUGGGGAAGCUGUUAAACAGAUGGAAGGAUCAGCUGCACAAGAUAAUACGCAACUAAGAACGAUCUUUGAAAUUGGUUGCGGAGUGGGAAACACCGUGUUUCCUAUUCUAAACUAUAGCGAUGAAGAGAAUUUGAUGGUUUACGCUAGCGAUUUCUCUCGCCAAGCCAUCGAGAUUAUGUGCCAGAGUCCCGAGUACGAUACGAAACGGUGUCAAGCGUUUGUGCUUGAUGCGACGGCUGACCGAUGGGAUGUUCCGUUCGAAGAGAACAGUAUCGAUAUUGUGGUGUUGAUAUUCGUCCUAUCUGCUAUUGAUCCGGAACGUAUGCAACACGUGAUAAAUCAAGUCGCUCGCUAUCUCAAACCGGGUGGACUGGUGAUGUUACGCGAUUAUGGCCGCUACGAUCUUGCCCAGCUAAGGUUCAAACCGGGCAAAUGUGUUAAGGACAAUUUUUACGUACGUGGCGACGGUACGCUAGUUUACUUCUUUACCCAGGAAGAUCUACGGAGGCUUUUCACGAACGCGGGCUUAAUCGAGGAACAGAACAUAGUUGACCGGCGGCUUCAGGUAAAUCGUGGCAAAUUGAUUAAGAUGUACCGCGUAUGGGUACAGGUCAAAUUCCGCAAACCGGUAGAUUAACGGCCGAUAGAAACAAGCCGAUUGUUGCAUUUGAUACGUCGGAUUUUUUGUUUAUUUGGUGGGUCAUUAAAUGCUAAAUACAGGUAUGUUUUACAUAUGUCAAGAUGAUAAA